GAACAUUUUACGUGGACAUACCAUAAGUUUUUUGCAUAGUGCAAAGAAAUGACAUCCUAUCCUAAUCUAAUAUAAAACCAAAAUAAUACUCCAUAGAAAUUGCUCAUAAAUUCAGUUAUCCCAAUAUACGCAAGCUUUGAAUCUUAAGCGCUCUUUCAAUUGCAUACGAAAACCAAACUGCCUCAAUUCAUCGCAACUGUCUUUCUUUCUUCCCUCGUUUCUGAUUCUUUAAAUCUGGCUGGUCUGUUUGAACUAGAACUGAAAGGUCAAGCGAUGGGGAAUCCUGUGAAGUUUGAGGGUAUAAGCGAGGAUUUGCAGAAGAUUCUGGAUGCUGAAAUGGACCAUGUGGGGCCCAGGAGGCGAGCUCGUGAGGCCUUCAAGGACAUUCAACUCUCCAUCGAUCACAUCUUGUUCAAGAUGCCGCAUGCUGGAUUGAAGAUAAAAGAGUCAUAUGAAGUUAAUUCCAGAGGGUUAGAAAUCUACUCGAAAAGUUGGCUUCCAGAUAGUGGUUCCCCGAAAGCAGUCAUUUGUUUCUGCCAUGGUUAUGGAGAUACAUGCACAUUUUUCUUUGAAGGAAUUGCCAGAAAGUUGGCAUCUUCUGGUUACGGGGUUUUUGCCAUGGAUUACCCUGGAUUUGGUCUAUCAGAAGGUCUGCAUGGCUACAUCCAGAACUUUGAUAUAAUGGUCGAAGAUGUCAUUGAGCAUUACUCGAAGGUGAAAGAAGAUCCAAAUCUACACAUGUUACCAUGUUUUCUCUUCGGACAAUCUAUGGGGGGAGCAGUAGCACUCAAGGUGCACCUGAAGCAACCCGAUGCUUGGAAUGGUGCCAUUCUUGUAGCGCCGAUGUGCAAGAUUGCAGAUGAUAUGGUACCGCCUUGGUUAGUGACCCAAAUUCUUACUGGAAUGGCGAAAUUGCUUCCAAGACUGAAGCUUGUUCCUCAAAAGGAUUUGGCUGAAUUGGCAUUCAGGGAUGAGAGGAAGAGAAAACAGACAGUGUAUAACAUUGUUUCUUACAAGCAUAAACCACGCCUAGGAACAGCCUUGGAGUUGCUGAGGACCACAAAAGAGAUAGAGGAGAAACUGGAAAAGGUGUCACUGCCAUUAUUGAUCCUGCACGGGAAGGAAGACAAAGUAACUGAUCCAUCGGUGAGUAAGGCAUUGUAUGAGAAGGCAAAUAGUCGAGACAAGAAACUUAACCUAUACGAUGGUGCCUAUCACGCUCUUCUGGAAGGGGAGCCGGAUGAGAUGAUACUUGGAGUAUUUGGGGACAUUAUUUCUUGGCUUGAUCAACAUUGCAACUGCUAACCUUUCAUGCACAACAAAUUUAUUUAUCUCUGCGAAUUAUGCUACCACACAUGUUUUUAUUCACAAGUUUGAUGUGGAAGUCGCAUGAAUUUUUAGUUUUUGGUAGUUGCAGUUGAGAAAAGAAAUAGGUACAGAUGAAUAUGAUGCCUGAUUGUUCUUGCAUUACCAUGAAUUUGAAACUAGAUAUAUAUGAUGCCAAUUUAUUUA